AUGGCUGUUCUUGGGAUCCCGAGCCCUACACCCCCCUUGCCGUCGCCCCACACCAACCCCGCUGCCCUGGGGGAAGCCCCCCAUCGUCCCCACAGUGGCUCAGAGAAGGGCGGGGCGCCCUCGCUGCCCUGGCAUGGAGGGGUGCCUCAGCGGCCACUCUGGGCACCUGAGAGCAGCAGGUGGAGGUCAGAGCUGGACAUCAGAGCACAAGACCCGACUCACAGGCCGGGCUCCGUCCAGCGGCUCCUUGUGGCCAAGGGUCUGCCUGCGCUGGCGCUGCAGGGCCUGCUCCCACGGGUCCUGGAAUAUGUGGCUGCUUUUUGGCCGGGAGGCGACCAGGCUCGGGGAGGAGUGUGUGAGGACUUCGCACGGGCCGUGCCUCCAGCCUCUGUGUCGCCCCCUGCCGUCUCAGGGGGCAUUUCCGCCUUCUGA